AUGCUUCUGCUUUUGUGGCAGAAGGAGCCAGCAACAGAAAGUCAGACAGCCAGAGAGGAGGUCACUAAGGUGAGGGGGUCCGAGGAGGUCCACCACCAAGGUGCGGACACCUACGUCGAAGCCACCGUCUGCGGCCGCCCCUGCGAAGUGGCUGCGGGCCAAGUCAGCAGCACCUACAGCUCCCUGGAGUGUAUCGUGCCCAAUGCCGCCGCCUCGUCUCGACGCGCAGGACGGCCGUCCAGCGAAAAUUACCAGGUGCUGCCCAACGCGCGGGUCAUCUCAAGGAACGCCGGCUUGGCCACGGUGGCCACUCCUGUGGGCAGCCCCGGGGCUCAGUUUUGCGGAAACAGCCGCCCGCCCCAGGUCUGCUUCCAUGGCGUGGGCGAGGCUCACUUCGAGGUUGGUCAUCCAACCUGCGUCGCAGCCUUCGACGACGAUCCGGAAAUCGUGGGAGGUGUGGACUUUGGCCCUUUCACGAAUGCCCGCGUCGAGAAGAUCCGCUGGCAUCCGCUCUACGACGAUAUGGAGGCAGACCUCUACAUCAACUCCAAGAUUCAGAUUGGCCAGCUGAGCUCAUCGCAGACCUGCUGGGAUAGCGCUGGCCUCAAGCUCGAGCUUUCCCAGCUUGAUCCGGGUGCAGUGCCCAAGAUCGACUGGACGGACAUCACCACCAUCACGUGGCCCACCACCCCGCUCAUCGGACGCUACGUGCGCUUCCUGUCGCCGACAGGCAACUGCCAGCUCACUGAGAUGCAGGUCAUCGGCCAGCUGGUCGCGCCGUCCGACACGUGCCAGGCCUGGCGCGGCGGCAUCCACAACGACGAGGUCUUCGGACAGGCGUUCACCUCGCGGGGACUGCAACAGAAAGGCCGCGUCCCAGCUCCAGCCUAUAGCGAAAGGUGGGUCACCAGUGACGAUGUAAACUCAACUGUCACCUUUGCCCUCGACAAGCCAACCGUCAACAGCAUCUCUCCGAGCAACGGCACCGCUCGCGGUGGUACGCUGGGGGCGGAGGAUUUACGGUUGACGGGUCUAGGACGAACCGGUGGCGUGCUGCAGGUCACGACUCCUCGAAAUCGUGGCAUCUUCCCACCCAGCGUGAAGCUCUUCGUUUCAGGUUGGCGCUACCUGGAUCGGUGGUCCUUGCUCGACACCUGGGCGAACCAGGCAGGGACGUGGGCGGUGCUCCAAAAGCGGCUGAGCUCUGCAGAUUUCAGUGCCAAUCCGUCAGGCGUGGAUCUUCUGGGCGGUGUGUUGGUCUUUGACAACAAGGACAUUCACCUCCAGGCCACGUACAUCUGGGUGAAGGGUGGAACCAUGGAGAUCGGAACGGAAGCCCAGCCAUUCAUGCCUGUGAUCGGCGGCAAGGUGCUGGCCGUCUCCAACACGCAGCUCCUUGGCCCGCGCUGGGGAGGUAAAAGCCAGGAUUCCCACCUGGCAGAUCCCGUCUGGUUCACGUACCGCGAGAUGGGCGACAACGCCGUGGAAGAGGGCAACGCGCGGACCUGUGUGCUCCUGCAAUACUACCGCUACCGUACCCUCGGAGGCGUUCUCAGGAGGGCGGUCCACAUCGAUGCUGCCACGCUUGGCCGCGCCACGCCCGGCGCCGACGGAUCCUUCGCCUGGAUCCGCCAAGCAAACGCGGAGACUGACAGAGCAGCGCGCCGCGGCAUCGCAGGCCAGACGGAGGAGCUCAUCGAUGCCCGCGGCUUCGUGCUGGAGGGCAAGUCAGUGCUGCUGCGGCAUGUGUCGUCCUCCCUCGCGGGCACGAGGCUGGUGUCGCCCAGCAUUGGCUCCUGGCCCACCGCGGACAGCUGGAUGCCGGAUUUGCGCUGUGAGUCGAAGGCCCCAGUUUUCGAACAGAAAACGGUGCUCGACGCGGCGGAGGACUACUGCAAACGGGGCUUCCGCGUGGCAGCAGUGAAUGCUGCCUCGGCUUACCACGCGGGCGGCGGCUUCGCCACUGGAGGUCGGCAUGCACUGGAGGAGUCGAUGUGCAUUCAGAGUACGCUCUUCCCCUCCUUGCAGUAUGGGGAGAAGCUGGCCAAGGAGGCCGGCGUCUCAAGUCCCAGCUUCGUGCCUCCGCGACGCGAUGGCACGCCAUGGAUGCCGCACCUGCCAGCCGACGGAGUUCUUCUCUCGCCCUUCGUGGAGGUCUUCCGCCGCGGCACGAAUGAAGGCUACCCCUUCAUGGCUGAGCCUUACACGCUCCAGGCCGUCGUGUCGGUUGCCAUGCCAAACCGCAACCCCUCGAUGAGCGACUCACCAGUUGACGCGCCGUCGGACCCGGUUGAGUAUGCCGAGGCAUUAAAAUCUCGAUGGCGCGCGACGCUCGUGGCCGCCAAGGAGGUCAACGCAGACUGCGUGAUUCUGCCCGACGCCGGCUGCGGCGUCUUCAAGAAUGAUCCAAAGGCUGUCGGCGCUGCACUGGGCGAAAUGCUCUGCCUCUUGGGCGGCGCUUUCGAUCGGGUGGUCAUCGCCUCCCCGGUGCCUGCCGGCAGAGUUUGUGCUGAGGCCGCGGCGCAGGCGGCCCUUCCUGGCUCUUUGAAACCGGCCACGGUUUCCAUCCCUUCUUCGAGGACUGCCAGGUCGUCCUGGAGCAGAAGUACCAGCAGUUCAGGCAUGGAGGCCCAUCGCAAGUCUGGGUCUCUUCCGCUGGCAAGAACAUCAAAGUGGACUUUCAGCACAUGGCCCAAGUGGUGGAGGGCUCCACACGCUCACGAGCAGUGCAGCGAAUGGAAUAGGGCCCCUAAGCCCUAA